ACACACGGACACACGCAGACACACGCACACUCGCGCGCGCACAUCCUCCCGCCAGCCUGCCUGCCCGCUCCCCGGCGCUCGGAGCCCGCUGUGGCCGGAGUGAGAGAGAGAAUCACACUGCUGAUGACUCCGAGGGAGGGACCCUGGACAUGUGCUGCAGCGAAAGGCUGCCGGGUCUUCCCCAGCCGGUAGUGAUGGAGGUGCUGGAUGAGGCCAAAGAGCUCCCUGACAAGCAGAGAGCUAUGCCACCACCCCCACCACCCUCACCGCCCUCAGAGCCAGCUCAGAAGCCACCACCUGGAGGCGCCGGGAGCCACUCCCUCACUGUCAGGAGCAGCCUGUGCCUGUUCGCUGUCUCUCAGUUCCUGCUUGCCUGCGGGGCACUCUGGCUCAGCGGCCAUGGCCACACCUGGCUGCAGAAUGCCACAGACCUGAUCUCCUCCUCGCUCACACUCCUGAACCAGCUGGGACCUGUGGCCUGGCUGGAUGCUGGGACCUGGGGGGUCCCCAGUCUGCUGAUGGUCUUUCUGUCUGUGGGCCUGGUCCUCAUUACCACCCUGGUGUGGCAUUUCCUGAAGGCACGCCCAGAGCCACCCACUCCGCUGCCCCCAGAGGACAGGCGCCAGUCGGUGAGCCGCCAGCCCUCCUUCACCUACUCAGAGUGGAUGGAAGAGAAGGUUGAGGAUGACUUCCUGGACCUGGACCCCGUGCCUGAGACACCUGUGUUUGACUGUGUGAUGGACAUCAAGCCUGAGGCCGACCCUGCCUCACUGACUGUCAAGUCCAUGGGUCUGCAGGAGAGGAGGGGCUCCAAUGUCUCCCUGACCUUGGAUAUGUGCACUCCGGGCUGCAGUGAGGAGGGCUUUGGCCACCUUGUGUCCCCGCGUGAGGAGUCGGCCCACGAGUACCUGCUCAGCGCCUCCCGCAUCCUUCGAGCUGAGGAGCUGCAUGAAAAGGCCCUGGACCCUUUCCUGCUGCAAGCCGAAUUCUUUGAAAUCCCUAUGAACUUUGUGGAUCCGAAAGAAUAUGACAUCCCUGGGCUGGUGCGGAAGAACCGGUACAAAACCAUCCUGCCCAAUCCUCACAGCAGAGUGUGUCUGACCUCAUCAGACUCCGAUGACCCUCUGAGUAGCUACAUCAACGCCAACUACAUCCGGGGAUAUGGUGGAGAGGAGAAGGUGUAUAUCGCCACGCAGGGACCCAUCGUCAGCACAGUUGCCGACUUCUGGAGCAUGGUGUGGCAGGAGCACACACCCAUCAUUGUCAUGAUCACCAACAUCGAGGAGAUGAAUGAGAAAUGUACCGAGUAUUGGCCAGAGGAGCAUGUGGUGUAUGAUGGCGUGGAGAUCACUGUGCGGAAAGUCAUUCACACUGAGGAUUACCGACUGCGACUCAUCUCCCUCAGGAGCGGGACUGAAGAACGAGGCCUGAAGCAUUACUGGUUCACAUCCUGGCCUGACCAGAAGACCCCAGACAGGGCACCCCCACUCCUGCACCUGGUACAGGAGGUGGAGGAGGCAGCCCAGCAGGAGGGGCCCCACUGUGCCCCCAUCAUUGUCCACUGCAGUGCAGGGAUUGGGAGGACCGGCUGCUUUAUUGCUACCAGCAUCUGCUGCCAGCAACUGCGGCAUGAGGGCGUGGUUGACAUCCUGAAGACCACGUGCCAGCUCCGUCAAGACAGGGGUGGCAUGAUCCAGACGUGCGAGCAGUACCAGUUUGUGCAUCACGUCAUGAGCCUCUAUGAGAAACAGCUGUCCCGCCAAUCCCCAGAGUGACCACACUCCUCCU